CCUCUUCCUCCUCCUCCUCCUCCUCAGUGGGUCAGAGCGGCUGGACAGUGGACACACAGCCUACGACUUGGUGAAUGGACUCUGGCCCUGUUACCUAACCACAGCCGGGGGAUUGUACCGUAGUGCUCCGGGAGGAUUAUCCCCUCUGCACGCGCCCACCAUGCUUCCGUUCGUAGUACUCUUACCUGUUCUCAUAGUAGUAGCAGCAGGUGUGUACUACGUGUACAAUGAGUUCCUGCUGUUCAUGUCCAACGCUCAAGUGCGCAACAAAGUGGUGGUCCUGACUGACGCUGUGUCCGGAGUGGGCUCAGAGCUGGCGCGUCUGUUCCAUCGGGGCGGGGCUCGUCUGAUCCUGUGUGGGACCAGCUGGGACAAACUGGAGUCUCUGUACGACACACUGUGCACAGACGCCGACCCGAGAGAGACGUUUGCUCCUAAGCUGGUGCUGGUGGACUUCAGUGACCCGGACAGCCUGGAGGAGGUGGUGGUUGAGGUGGUGGACUGCUAUGGCUAUGUGGACGUGCUCAUCUGUAACAGCAGCAUCAAGGUCAAAGGUCCUGUGCAGAGCAUCUCCCUGGACGUGGACCGCAACGUCAUGGACAUCAACUACUUUGGACCCUGCACACUGGCCAAAGGCGUCCUUCCCUCCAUGAUGUCCAGGAGGGGCGGGCAGAUCGUGCUGGUCAACAGUAUCCAUGGAAAACUUGCGGUCCCUUUUAGAAGUUCAUAUGCUGCCUCUAAGCACGCGGCGCAGGCCUUCUUUGACUGCCUGCGGGCCGAGGUGGAGGAGUAUGGCAUCUCUGUCAGCACCAUCUCUCACACCUUCAUCAACUCCUCCGAGCCCCUUGCCCCUGAGCCCGACCCACAGCACAACCGCCUCAAGGCCUACAUCUCCAGUCAGCUGAGCCACGGGGUCCGGCCCUCUGUGCUCGCCUAUGAAGUCCUCCUGACGGUGAACCGGAAGAAGAAGGAGGUGCUCCUGUCACACCCCCUGCCCCGACUGGCCCUGUACCUGCGCUCUCUGCUGCCCCCCGUACUCUUCUCUGUGCUGUCUGCAGGGGUACGGGACUCCGCCCUCGCCGAGAACGUAGCGUAGACCCUGUUUUACGAGGCUCGGACACUUGUACAGCAGGGAAAAUUGGAAAAAUAGGGAAAAAGAUGGAGGUCGCACAAGUUAGAUCUUCUGGAGGAUUACAGAGGGGGUAUUACGCAAAAUUUACUUUUUGGAGAUUUCUCUGAUGUUAAUGUUCCCUCAUCAAAAACAUGCCUGAAUAGGUUUUAGACGUCUCCCUCCUUACAGUUAGCGAUACAAGUCUGUACAAGACUCAGCCCACAAGCCCAUGUCAUCCAUAAUCACACACGGGCAUUUUUCAUAAAUAUACAAAAGCAUGACACAUAACAGCACACUAUAACUUCACAAACCUGAUGUAAUGUGCAGUAGUUUCAUUAGCAGGAUGCACACUGACUGUGUUGUGAUAGCGCUCUGAAGUGGGAGUGAUUUAGCAAGGAGAGCAAAGGGAAGAGAGACUCAGAAUGUUACAAAUGAAAGUGAAACUUAUUUAACAAGUUAUUACAUUGUAUUUGGUGGAUAUAGCAUUUUCAAAACAAUAACAGGUAACAUGGUGAUCUAAAUAUGUUAUGUGUUAGCAGUUACACAUACAUCCUCUUCUUUGCUUUUGUUUGCUAUAUAGUUAUAAUAUAUGACACUCGUACAUGAAUCAUAAUUUACAAUCGCAAUAUUGAUCUAAAACGACUUAAUAAAAUAAACUUCCCGGCUGGAAAAUUGCGGUGACCAAUGAGAUUUGAGAUGCCGAUUCCCACCUACUCUUUUGCCCUAAUACAUAACUGUAAAGAUCAUCACAACAAAUCACUGCUGUCAGCCCCUUAUAUGGACAACUGCAGAUCACACUAGCGAACAUUAACCUUUUUUUUUUUUUUUUUUUCUGUGCCAAAAUUACUACAAGACACUACUGAAUCCAAAAUGUAUCACCGAUUAGUCAGCACAGAGCAGUGUGUGUGUGACUUUUAUAUAGCACUUCAAAGGAACCACUUACCCAGUCACACACACACUCAUAUACCGGUGUAUGCAGACACUGGGGUGGGUCUAGUGUCUUGCCCAAGGACACAACAGCAGUAGUCAUCUAUGGAAGCUAGAAUCGCACCGCCAACCUGUGGGUCAGUGGAUCUGACCCCUCAGCCAAUGAUGUUUAUGUCACCCAAACCUGCAUGAAUCACUCAACUUUUAGACGAUAAAUGAGAAGGAGAAGCAAGGAAAGAUUAGGAGAUUUAGUUCUCUGCAGACUAGACAUUGUAGUGCCUUAGACUGCACCUUUGGCAAUUUGUAACCAUUCAAAUUCUGGUUCAAUUGCUAUUCAUAUCUUUUAGCACUAGAAGGAGAUUUUUUGUAGUUAGUGUAGAGCUAUGCAAAAUGUUUUAAUAUAGUGUUAUAGUUGAAAAGUUUGUAGAAAAAAUGAAUGUCAGGUUUAACUUAAAAACAAUGUGAGCUCUGUGAGGGUUUUGCAUUCAUAAACCAUAUUAUACUAUUUGAGACAUUAUUUUGAUAAACUUAUUACAAAUGUUCAACCCCAAGUCCACACUUCUGAUACUUUUCUUAUGGGUUAGGUUAUGCGUGUCUUAAUGAGAUGUCCACUAGAGGGCAGCACUGUCGCACCAAACAGAUACUCCAAAAACACUGUGACAUUUUUUAACGUGUUGUAAAGUAUAAUAUGUUCUUCAGUGAUUACAGUUUUGCCCAGUUUAAGUUACAUUGUUGUUGUUGAAUUGUCAUAAAAAUAAAUAAAUUAAAUUGACAAUAUUCUAUG